CAAAAUGUGCGAUAUAUAUGGUGAACCAAGCCAAGGAAACGAUGAAUUCUUGGAAUUAUUAAAAUCUUGGGGCUUGCUAAAUGAAAUAAUUGAUACCCUGAUUGAACGGGGGGUUAAUUCCUUUCUCAUUCUUGAGAAAAUGCAAAUUGACGACGUUGACGCUUUUUUCAAUAGAUGUGACGCAAAAUAUUUCGGAGAACGCAUAAAAUUUAAAGCCGGUUUGAGGGAGUGGCGAACAAAAAAGGGUAUUCCAUUUAUUUGUGACCAAGAGACACAAACUGCAAACACCGAAGUCUUAGAUUGGCUGAAAAAAAUAUCCAGUGAUUUGUCUUCCGUCAAAUCGGGAGAAUGUAGUAUGCUACCUUGUUCGCCUCAAACGAAGAAUUUCAAUCUACGCGAGCUUUUAAAAACAUCAGUAAAGGGACAACUUGCUUUAAGUUAUCAAGAAAAACAUGGCUACUUGGACAGUAGAAACCAAAAAAAUUUAACACAUUGCAUCGUUGACAACUAUAUUGGUUUAGGACGCAAAAUGCAAUACUCAGAUAUGAGGGAAUGGGCGAAUGAAAUUGUUGCGGUAUUUCCUAAAGAAAAGAAGGAAUUUUACUUUUUGGAAAGAAAAAUGGGAAAAAAGAAUCCGAGUGGUAAAUUGUUCUCGCGUUGGGCUAAUGCCAUAAAGUUGGAAAACAAAGCCAAUCCUGUUACCCAGGAAGCUUAUGAAGAUGUUUUUGACGGUGUGCAAUACUUUUUACUCCUACUUUAUAAAAUAAUUUGUAGUUUUAACAAUAUUUAAUUUAACUUCUUGCACUGCAGAUAACGUUUUGGAAAAAAAGUGUUGGUUGGCACAUAACUGCACACCUUGGGAAAAAGUUAAAAAGUUUUGGUUAGAUACAUGCACGUUUAGAAAUAAAUGUAAGGGAUCUCUAUCGGAUUUGCUAGCAGACUGGCCGCGCUACAAUGACUUUAACGGUUACGAAUUGGUAAGA